UCUCAACCGACCACCACGGGUGCAAAGGCGAGAGCUAUAUUUUUUUUUCUCUUCGGCGGGAGUGAGAAAUCGCGACUAUGGAAGAGUCAGAUAAAGGGACGGCCCUGAAGAAAGCUUACGCGGAGAUGAUUCUAAACACGGCGAAGGAAUCAGCGGCUAGGGUAAUGGUUUCCGACAAGAAAACAGCUCGGUUACACCACGAUCUUUGCGGAACUAAAGACGAAGCUCUUCGUUUACUUGUCCGAUUGAAACAGAUGAUUGGUGCUCAGACAAUUGAAUCAGAGAUUACAUCAUCAAACAAGCAACGGCAGAUUGAUUUGCUUGAAGCUCAGUUACAAGAGGCUGAAGAUAUUAUUACUGAUUUGAGGUCUGAGGUUAGAUGGGUGAGAGACAAAUUGGAGAAAGCGAGGAAGGCACAUAAUGUAGUUGUUAACAAGGAACGAGAAACCAUUUCUAAUCAGAAGAUUGCUGAUCUAGAGGUUGUUGUUGGAAGUGUUUAUCCUAAUCAAGACAGGAGUGAGUGUGUCUCUUUUCUGAAUCAGAAGAGCUCAUUGCUUGAUGAUGAAUGUGGUGGUAAGGAAACCAUUUCUGCUGCAGAGGCUAUUGCAAGUUUGCAUCCUGAUCAAGAGGAUGCAGAUACGAGUGGCUCUCUUCUGAAUCAGAGCUCAUUGUUUGAUGAUGAAUGUGGUGGAAAUGACGAAAAGCAGUUUCACGGGUUGAGUGUUGAAACUUCAAAGGCUUGUGAGUCUGACGCCAAUAUCAGGAGCAAAAAGCUUGAGCUGUCUCGAAAUGGGUCUACACAGAGGAUCCAUGCUUUGGAGAGGAAAUCAUCUCAUUCUGCAAACGGAGAGGAACGACGCACAACUGAAAAGGAUAGGGACGAAAACUUGAGCUCAGUAAGCACUAGAUCUCUUGUUCUUGCUCUUAGAGCUACGAAUGCAGAGGUGAUACCAAUAAAGCCGUCUAAUUCUUUAGGAAUCAAGAAGUCUCGCAAAUCACGAAGAAGUAGAAAGACGAGGUGGAGCAAACGAAAAGCUACACAGGUUAGGUCUCAAAGUCCGCUUAUAAAACCUUGUCAAUCUCACUCUGAUAUUCCCUGUUCCAAGAAUGGCGAAGAUUCCAUGGAUACUCACCUGUCGGUAGAGAAUGAAGAGGUUGAUGCCCUUAAUUCUUGUAAAGGAUUGGACGAGACUAAGAUAAAGCCGCUUCGUCGUUUGGAUCAUGGGUUAACUUCAGUUAAAUGCAAUGUAUAUCCAACUUCAGGAUCCACAAAUGCUACUGUCUUCAGUGUGAAUGCAACAAAUCGAUCAACAGAUGAUGACUUGAAAUCAAGAAUGGUAAAAUGUGAAGGUGGAGAAGAUAGUGUGGUUCCAACUACCAAAAUGGGCCCUGAGUUGGUUGAUCCAUGUUCUGAGUUGAAAGCUAAUGCAGUGGUAUCAGAUCAAAUCAGUGAGUCUCUGAGAGCUGACAAAAAUCGCCUUGUGAAGUAUACAUACCAAAGGAAACGGAAAAAGGGAUCUUUAAACUCAAACGAUGUCAAUAACUACCCUCCACGGAAGAGAAAGGUGGAAGAGAAAAAUCCAAUUGAAUCCAGUUAGGAGUAAUGAAUCAUCUACGAGUAACCCCACAGUUAGGUAACUAAAUAUCUAUUCAUGUUUCAGUCUUGCUACUAGAGACACAAUAUCUUAUAUGAAAUUGCUUACAACUGUUAGUCCUCACAGCAUUUGUUCAGUUAAUGCUGCUCUUUUGGUCAUGUGCAGUUUAUUUCCUUGUCUGAAAACUGAUGGUACAGUGGCAAAGCUUUGUUCAAGGGAACUUUUUACUCUUGUAUAUCAAACUAAACUCUUAAAGCUUAGAAUUAUGUAUUUAUCUAUCUUGACACCUUAUUGUGACAACCCUAUUGUUUUUUUCUUGGUGUCAUUGGAACUUAGAGAACACCA